CGGACGAGUGAGUAUAUGUCCUGCUGAAGGAGUGCAGAUAAGGCCUGGAGGCUGGGUGACGAGAUGUCACUUGUCGUCCGGGCUCUGUCGCUGGCUGCCUGAAGUUACGCUAGAAUGGACAGUGCACUUUACUGUGUCCGGGCAGAACUGAGACUGGCCUGUCAGUGCUGCAGGGGACUCCAUGCAGAAACACGGAACUCGGAGCAGGCUCACAAUUCCUCGGCGUGGUGGAGACCCUGGAUGAUGACAGCAAGAGAUGCGGAAAAGCAGAGGCAGACCUUGCAUGGUUGUGACAGUCCCUCUGAAACCAGGCAACCCUUGGGAUUUCAACACCCAGUCAGGCUGUACCUACCCAGAUCCAAAGCUGAACAUUACCUACACCACAUGGGAGAAAAGGUUCUAGCCAGCUUCCCUGUUCAGGCAACAAUUCAUUUCUACAAUGACGAUUCAGAUACAGAGGAGGAGGAGGAGGAGGACAAACUCAUGUCCUGUGGCUUAGAAUCAGAAAGUACCCCGGAAACAGCGGGGAUGUUUUGCAAACAGUGAAAUGAAUCGGAGCAGGAGAUGGAUUGGCUUCGAAGCGGAAAAAUCUUGCCUUCCGAAAGUGAUAUCACCACAACAAAACUAAAGGCCAACACAACUCUCUGCUCCCUGCUUUGAUUUGUAGCUGUAACUCAGACCGGUUAGUUAGGUAUCUAUAACACUGCAAGGCAAUGACACAUUUGCACUGUGUAUGUGAAUAUAUUUUGUACCAUUUAUUUUAUUACUUUAAGAACUUUAAACAUAUAAACUUUUCACAUGAGGAUAAAAUUUAAUACAGAGGAUCCUAGCAAGCAGGGACUUUCUAAGUCAGUAUUCUAUGUCACCAGUCUUAAAAUAACUUGUUAGUUGAUAUUCUCUAACAUUUUCCGUGUAUAUCAGUGCCUGUAGGUGGUGCAAUGAUCUCACACACAGCCCUUUUACAGCAAGGGUCUGGGUUUGAAUCCUGCACAGGCAACGGAAUCUCUGGACAUUUACAAUAAAUUUGUAACAUUGGUGCAAAGUGCUUUCACUUCACAGAUAUCGCAUCUACAGCAUCUCCAGUUCUAAGUACGCCCUGAAUUCAGACAUAGGACACAACCUCAGUCCAGGGUAAAAGAAAAGUUCUCUUUUGGAGAAUUCUUUUUUUUACUUCUGUUCACGCAAUGGCACGCCAGAAAGGAAGGUAACACAGAUUUUAAAAACAGUUGGAAAUAUGAAUAUAAGAUGACAUCCAUUGCUAUUAUAGAAAAAAAAUACACAAAUUGCUGGAGAAACUCAGUAGCCUGGCAACAUUGUGGCGAGGGAAACAGAAUUAAUG